AUGGCCAUGGAAACUUCUUCGAGCUUUACGGCUCGGAGACAAGCGACCCAGGCUCUGCCGCCUUUCCAUCUGCCAUCGUCCCAAGAUAUACCCACCUCUUCAAUCACCAUCAACGUGGCAGGCCCCGGCGAUGAUCACGCCGUCGGCUCCGCCAUCCUCCUCCUCCGCCACCUCAAAUACCCAACACUCUCCCAAUACCGCCAGCUCUGGUCUAACAUCGCCUUCAGGAGUGCCAGUUCCUACUACCCGUCGGGCGUCCACGGGUCAUGGCCGACUCCGUCAACGUCCUACCAGCUCAGCUCUGGCAACCCCCAAGCCCUCAAUCAGCCGUCACAGUACGCAUCCCGAGCAAGUACCUACGAGCAGCAAUCCCCAAUGUCCUAUUCUCGUACUUCGCAGUCUCCCGCGACUGGGGGUGAGGGUCUGCCUGCGCCGCCCUACGGACAGCACCAAUCCUUCCAGUCGGGCUACUCUACGGGAGGAACGGGCUCUACUCCAGUCAGUUUGCCUUCCCAAGGCCCCCCAACGCCCCAGGCUGGGAUUCUAGGAUCCCAUGCCGCAGUCUCGACGCAGCCACCCACGCCCGGCGCUGUCCCUUCACACGUUGACUCGUAUACGCAGUCCCGGCCACCAGUGACGCCCAGCAGCUACUACUCGACGUCUUCCGCCUCCCAACAGUCCCCCUUUCCCAGCUUCCAACAACACACGUCUCCCAACGCCCACUCCCCGACGACAUCAGGCGGCCCCGGUAGGGGUCUUGCUUCUCUGCAACACCCUUCGGCCAUGGCCCCUCCCAACUCGUACCGCUACGGGUAUCAUGUUCCGUCAAUGGGAGGACCUAUCAUGUCGAACCUCACUUCACCUGGUCACCAAAUGUCGCUUGUUCCGGGGAUGGGCGUUCCCGGCGGGUACGGAGCCCAUCAUCUCGGCACAUCGAUGUACGGCCACGGCCACGGCGGACAGCCGAACCCUCAGACGGAGCGGCCCUUUAAGUGCGACCAGUGCCCUCAAUCCUUCAACCGGAACCAUGACUUGAAGAGACACAAGCGGAUCCACCUCGCUGUGAAGCCCUUUCCUUGCAACUUUUGUGACAAGAGCUUUUCUCGUAAGGACGCUCUGAAGCGACACCGACUUGUUAAAGGCUGCGGUAACAAGGACGGAGACAACCAGAACGACAACGGCCGUCGCUCUCCGCAAGAGCAUUCCGACGAUGGCACGCCGCCGCUAAAGCGGGAUUGA